AAUCUAUUGCUAUUGAGGGUGUAUUCCAUUUCCAGGGAUUACUACCGAGGGGAUCGUCUGUACAAGAAAAAAGUAAACUGUGACGAUUACGUUCUAGUGCACUGGAGCAGCGAUGGCAUCGUUCCUUCUCGGCGACGACUAUGCGUCCUCCUCCUCAUCUUCGGACGAGGAAACUUCACCCACUUCAUGCCCACAUACUAUAGUACCCUCCCCAGCAGCAAGAUCUGCCAAGGCGCAGAUACUGCCAUCAGCAGACGAGUUGUUCUCUAGUGACAUUAGCGGUGUAUUGACCACCAGUAGUGUGUCAGUAGCGUCUGCAACGACACACAAACGGAAGAACGAGCAGGUGUCUAGACCAGCAACUAAAGCAGUGAAAACAGGCGCUGGAGAAGCUGCUCGCAAGCCCAAAAUUGCUCCAUUCGCACCGCCGCAGCUCCGUCGACCCAACAUUUCGACAGAAGACCGGAGCUCGUGGAAUACAGAUAAGACGCUGGCGAUGCAGAGGAAAGCCAAAGAAGCAGAAGCUCGGGAAAAGAUGUGAUGAGGUUUUUGGAGCUUUAGAUCGGAGUGUAGCACAGCGGCAAUGUCAAGCAUGGGCUGCUUGCUAUAACAUAAAUACCCAUUUCAUUAGAUAUAUACGUAUCGACGAGA